AUGCCUCAGACGGAUAAGCAAAUAUGCAUUCCCCCGGAGCUGCCGGAAUUGCUGAAGCAAUUUACCAAAGCCGCCAUUCGGACACAGCCGCCGGAUCUCAUCCAUUGGGCUGCAGAGUAUUUUGGGGCUAUGUCCCAAGGAGAGAUUCCUCCAGUGAGAGAGCGUUCUGAGCGAGUUGCUUUGUCCACCUGGGCAGAACUUACACCUGAGCUGUUGAAGAUCCUGCAUUCUAGGGUUGGUGGCAGACUGAUCAUCCAUGUUGAUGAGCUGGCCCAGAUGUGGAAGGUGCUGAGUCUACCAACAGAUCUGUUUAAUAGUGUGAUGAAUGUGGGCCGCUUCACGGAGGAGAUUGAGUGGCUGAAGUUUUUAGCCCUUGCUUGCAGCUCUCUUGGUGUCACUAUUUCCAAAACUCUUAAGAUAGUGUGUGAAGUUUUAUCAUCUGACCAUGAUGGUGGACCUCCCAGGAUCCCUUUCAGUACCUUCCAGUUUCUCUACACAUACAUUGCUGAAGUGGACGGGGAGAUCUCUGCAUCGCACGUCAGCCGAAUGCUAAGCUACAUUGAACAGGAAAUAAUUGGUCCUGAUGGUUUAAUCAAGGUGAAUGACUUUACCCAAAACCCUAGGGUUCGGCUGGAGUAAAAGCACAAUUUUGGCAAUUUUAAAGGAAGAUACAGAGAUGAUUGUGCUUCAGAAUGACUGAAUCCCACACACCAUCCAAUGUCCAUUUUCUUGUACAACUGGAACAUGCUAAUAAACAAUUAAGCAAACAUGAAAUCGAAAAUGUGUAGAAUUAAGAUGUAAACGUAUUGGAACAAAACACAUUAGCAGAAGAUUAGAAUUCUUCCCACACAGACACUGAGUAAAAGUGGCUGAGGAAGCAUGGAUAGAAAAAUGCAUCUCGAGUCAAAACCAAAUUGGCAGAUUUUCAAAGGUAGAAUGUUAACCAUAUACAGUUUUGAUGUUUUUGAUUAUUAGGCAUAACUUAGAUGAGUAUCUUUUCCAUGGUUAAUCCACGUUUUUACCAGUUUAUUUCUCCAUUUUUUUAGUACGAUGCUAAUCAUUCAUUUAUUCAUUUACUCACCGACUUUUACUGAGGUGGGCUAUAUACCAGGGAUAAGAUUGCCAGAUAAAAUAAAGGACACCUGGUUAAAUGUGAAUUUUGAAUAAACAAUACUUUCUUAGUUUUUUUCCUCCAAACUCGGCAACCCUAGGAAGGAACUGUGCUGGGUUCUGGGCAUAUACAAAUAAAUAUAUCUGAAUUCUGCCCUCAAGGAGAUCACGGUCAAACACUAAGACAUAAACUUCAAUCACUUUAAUGCAGGCAGCCCCAAGAAGUACUCAUAAAGUGUUUCAGAGAUCAGUAUUAAAGUCAAAAGAUUUGCCUGACAUCAUAUAUAGAUGUUUGGGACCCUCUCAGGAAAAUCCCCUGCAUGAGUUUAAGACCUCUGACAAGGUUAUAGAAAGAUUUUUCUUUCUCCCAGGAGGCAGAUGAGAUUACCAGGCUGUGCGGCUAUUGUUCUUAAGACAAGGUGUGCCACAGUUGCUGGAUCCCUUCUAUCUGUAAUACUAUUCCCUCCUAAAAGUGGUUUUUGUAUGAAAAUCACGUUAGCUUGCUUUUUCUAAUAUACAUAUAUCUCUUUACUGAAUUGGGGAGAAAUUUGUCUAUUAGUGUCUAAAUAAGUAAAAGAUCAUGAUGGCAUAUCACCAUAGGCAUUUGAUUUUGACUUAGAAUGAAACAAUAAAGAGCUGAAACAUAUCCUAUCCCCAUAGUCAUUUGGCUUCACCUGCAGGGGCGUGGCAACAACUAAUCCUCCUGCUGUCUGACAUCUUAGCCAAAGCAACCUAUCAUUUGCAUCCACUCUGGGACCUUAAGCUAUUUGAAAAGGCUGAGGCACUUACAGGUGAAACCUGGCACUGUACUUCAUAAGGGCAGAUUCUUCACUAAGUUCUCAUCUGUCAUUGGCCGAUGGCUGCUUCUAGGGGUAUUAACUUUUUGGUAUUUCUGGUUUGCCCAGCUCAUGACCUGAACUUGCUCCUUUUGCUCCAAACAAAAAAAAAAAGCUCUCAGGUAGGAAGGCAUAUGGAAUGUGCACCACCAACAUCUGCUACAAUGCCUUACAGAGAUUUUCAGAAAUCAUUUAAUUUGCCUCAGUCUCUCAGUUUCUCUUUGAUAUGACUUUGCCUGGAAGUAAAGAGUGCAGGGGAACAGAGGUAACAGCCCCAAUUUGAAAGAUCUUAAGACAACAAAGUUCAUAAACAUAAUAAAAGCAAUAAGGUCCUUCGUACAUUUGAGAAAACAGACUGAAAUUAGAAACUCACCCUCAGUAGCCCUGAGCAUAAUCCCUCAAGGAUGAGGCUGUUGAAA